CGGGAAUUCCGGUAUAGGCAGGAAUCGAAGGCAAGGCAUUCCGGAAUAGGCAGGAAUCGAAUGCAAGGAAUUCCGGAAUUGAAUCAUGUUAAGUUGGGUGAGCCAAGCGAUUCCGGAAUGUGUAACUUUCCGGAAUAGGAUGACUGCUCAGUCUUUUCUAUCCGUUAUGUGAAUAGUUAGCAAUAUUUCUUGUUUACAUCUUUUCUAUGUGCUUCAAGAACAUUUUUUUCUUAUUUAAUUUCUCAUUAUAUUAGACAUGAUUAAAUUCUCUUCUUUUAUUUAUUUGAUAUUAAUAAUUAAUUUAAAAAAAAGCUAUUUUACUUGUACAUGUCAAAGAAUUUGCUAUAAAUCUAAUGUCAGAAGAAGUAUCUCUUCGACAUACGAAACGUCACGAAUUCUUUUAAUUAAAAGAGAAGUUUUUUUUUUUAUAUUCAGAUUUAUUGUCCCUUUAUAACUAGGUUGACAGUUGAAGAAAAAGAAAGAAAAAAAAAAAAAAAAAAAAAGAAAGGAAUAGAGUCCAGAAAGAAAAGUAUCACCAUAGUCAUACUAUCACACUUCGUUUGAUUUAAAAAGAAAAAAAAACAGAAAACAACACAUGAUCUUUUGAAAAAAAAAAGAUAACAGUGAGUUGAAAGAACGACUUACAGUCGUCUUUCGACUCCGAGUGGAACGAAUACUCGAAUACUCACAGAAAACAUGUGUUUAUUCUGUUUAGUGGAAAGCCUAUUAGUUCUUAAACCGCAGACGUGGAUAUUUUUGUUGUAGCUUGAUAAUUUGUUCUCCACCCUCUUCCUCUAAAUCUUGUAUAACGGUUUGGACGGAGUUGCAUAUGGUUUCAGUUUCUUUUUUUAAUGUUUGAUUAUAAAACAAUAUGUUUAUCACAUUGAUUCUUUUCACGUGCUUUGUUAGUCUUAUCACCGUAUAUUUCUUGACUUUAAAAUCUCGUUAUUCGUAUUUUCGCGUUCGAAGUAUUCCUGGUCCAUCACCCACAUUUUUCUUUGGUCAUUUUCGUACCAUUUGGUCUACAAAAUUUUAUUCACGUCAACUGCAAGAAUGGACACGCAAAUUUGGUUCGAUCUAUGGUCUUUUUGAAGGCACUCGCCCAUUAUAUAUUGUUUCCGAUGUUGAUUUUUUGCAACAAGUAUUUGUUCAUCAAUUUUCAUUGUUUAGCUCGCAUCGAGUUUCAUUUCUCUAUCAAUUAUCCAAAUCGGUCCACCUGAUCAGUGCUGGUCCAUCAAGAUGGCGUCAACAGCGACAUGCUAUUAAUCCAGCAUUUUCAGCAGCAAAACUAAAGCUUAUGGCACCGCUUAUUGAUCAAUGUAUUGAAUCAUUAAUGAAGAAAUUAUUCAAAAUGAAUAAUGAAAAUAAAGAAUUCAAUAUCUAUGAGUUAUAUCAAAGAUUGACUAUGGAUGUUAUCUGUCAUUGUGCAUUCGGGAUUGAUACGGACAUGCAGAAUGAUGUUGACAAUGAUUUAAUGACCAAAGCAGCUGUUAUUUUCAAACAAGAUAUCGAACGUAUGCCAUUGAGUAAAUUAAGCUAUUUGAUGCCAUGGUCAACAUCUCUUCUUGCUCAAUUUGCUCAUAGUCAAAUAGCUCUAUUUCAUUGUCUUCACAAAAUAGCACCAACAAUCUUUCCUGAUUUAGUGGAAAAAAUACCUCGUCUUUGGCUUAUAUCAAAAGUUCAAGAAGUAAUCGAUGUUCGAACAAUAGAUACUUCAACAACAAAACGAGUAGAUCUGCUUCAGACAAUGCUCGAUGCAGCUGCCACACGGCACGAGGACAAUACUGACGAUAAGAAAUUGAGCAACGAUGAAAUCAAAGGCAAUGUAUUUCUCUUUAUGGUUGCCGGCUUUGAUACAACAUCGACGAUGCUUGGAUAUUGCACUUACGUAUUGGCUACACAACCCGAUAUUCAAAAGAAACUUCAAGCAGAAGUUGAUGAUCAACAUGAGAAAGAGCUCGAUUAUGAUACAGUGACAAAAAUGGAAUAUAUGGAGUUAUUUCUACGAGAAGUUCAUCGUAUGUAUCCACCUUCCGUAGCAACCAUUACAAGAGUAUGCGAACAAACAACAACUGUAUGUGGCCACACCAUUGAAAAAGGAAGUAUCAUUCAACCAGAUAUAUUUACUAUUCAUUACAAUAGUGAUUUGUGGGGUCCCGAGGAUCCAAAUCAGUUUAUUCCUGAACGACAUUCUACUGAACGACAUCCACUGGCUCUCUUAGCGUUUGGCGUCGGACCACGCUCAUGUAUUGGAAUGCGAUUUGCUCUAAUGGAAAUUAAAAUGACUUUAGCUCACAUACUUCGUCACUAUACAGUAUUACCUGGCGAACAUUUGCAAGAAGGCUUUCAGUUAAAUGAAGCAUUUGUCAUACAGCCAAAUGCUAUCAAUAUCAAACUCAACAAACGUUAA